UAUAUAUAUGUCAUAGAUAUACGACGUCGACACGUUUUUUUAUGCAUGCGUACAUACGAAGGCGAGCUGAGGCGGAGAGUAAAGGAGAGAGGAUCAUGAGGCAUCGUUGCAUACGAUUUGCGAAUAUCCUACUGGCAGAGUGUGACGCGUGUCCUGCGUGCGAAAAAUAAAAUUAAAGUGGACACCCGCGCAGAAGGCCUCUUUUGGCGUGUACGUGUACCACGCAUUCGUGUGUCAUUCCAGUCAUACACUUGCGCGUGCGUGCGCAUACGUAUGCAUGCAUAUAUAGUUGAUUUUAUAUCCUGAAAGGAAAGCGAACGGAAUAGUAAAAAAAAAAAAAGAAAAAAGAAAAAAUUCAGGGUGUGGGAAGGAGAGCUGCAAGGUGUGUAUGCGGUCGUUUUUCGGUGUAUGGAAUUUAUAUUUGGGCGAGUAGUGCGAUUAUGGCAAACGACAAGGAGCCUAACGAAAAACCCGGCGUUAUUGUAUUGGGAGGCUGUGGAUUUAUAGGACGUAAUUUAGUCGAGUAUUUAAUUGAAAAUGAGCUGGUUUCUUAUUUAAGAGUAGUAGACAAGGUUCCGCCUCAGACUGCCUGGCUAAAUACUAAACAUCAGAAGAUUUUUGAGAGUCCUUUAAUAGAAUUCAGAAGUGCUAAUCUUAUCAAUCAAGUUUCAUGUCAAAAUGCAUUUUUGUCGGACAAUCCAAUUUCCUAUGUAUUUAAUUGCGCUGGUGAAACAAAAAGUGGACAAACGGAUCCGGUUUAUAAAGAGGGAAUUUAUAAAUUAAGUAUGAAUUGUGCUCAACAAGCCGCUAAAAUAAAUGUUGAGCGUUACAUUGAAAUUUCUUCUGGAAAUUUUACUUGCUCAGAAAAGAUGUCGCUUAAAGAAGACGAUACAACCGAACCAUGGACUUAUGUUGCUAAACAUAAAUUUCAAGUUGAAAAUGAUUUAAAAAAUGUACCUGGCUUGAGAUAUAGCGUAAUUAGACCAGCUAUCGUCUAUGGCCUUGGGGACAGGACAGGUUUAGCUCCUCGUCUAGUUAUUGGUGCCGUAUAUAAACAUUUGGGUGAAAUGAUGAAACUGUUAUGGGGACCUGAAUUGCGCAUGAAUACAGUUCAUGUUAGGGAUGUAGCUCGUGCUAUUUGGCACAUCGCUACAAGGCCUGAGACGGUUGGACAAAUUUACAAUCUUGUUGACGAAGGAAAUUCCACUCAAGGAUCAAUAAGCGCUAUUGUAUCCGAACUCUUUAAUAUAAAUCAUGAUUAUUGGGGAACAGCCUUGUCUUCUCUAGCCAAGAUGGAUAUGAAUACAGUUGUCGAAGAAAUUAAUGACAAGCACAUGGGGCCGUGGGCAGAGGCCUGUAACAAAGAUGGAGUCGAAAAUAGUCCUCUUUCACCAUAUAUAGAUCAAGAGCUUCUUCACAAUCAGCAUUUGUACUUAAAUCCAGGAAAAUUAUCCCAGAGUACUGAUUUCUCUUACAAAUAUCAGAAAAUGACGAAAGAAGCACUAAAAGAAGUUUUAGAUGACUAUGUUGCCAUGAAAAUUUUCCCUUAUUCUCUAGUUUUGUAAUAUAAUACAACAAAGUUUUCAUAACAUUUUUUAGAUAUUUAGUAAACUCCAAAGUGCCGAGAUGAAGUGUUAGACCUCGUGCCUGACGCAGUUUGACAUGCGCCAUAUUAUUAUUACCUUAUUAAAUAAGAUAUUAUGAGCCUACCAGAGUAUGUGAUAAAAUAGUAGCAAUGUAUGUACUUAAAAAUUUAUUUGAAUUAGAGCGCUAGUCAUGUUCCGAUGUGUUUCUGGAACAAAAAGAAAAGGAACAAAUGUCAAUGUAGCUACAAGCAAUAAGUGUUUAAAAAAGAUAUGAAGAUUUUAUUUAAAGCAGUAAUAUUGUAAUUUUAC